GUACUUGUCGACUAGCAUAGUUAAUUACGUAAUCAUUGAAAGGAAACGAGAAGAGUACAACGAUGACGUUUUUACGUACUUGUUCGUCCCGCGCAAAAACAAAGGUAUAAUUGGCUUUGUCUCGACUAUAUCUGAUUCGAGAAAGAUGGAACCAUGCAUCCACUGAAUACCUAAUGAAAAAAUAAAUAACGUUAUUUAGAGCGAUGGCUACGUUUGCAAAUAUCUCGAUCCUAAGACUGAGCAUUGUGAUCUUUCUCUGCGACUAUGCGACGAGUUUGAUUAUACCGGAAGAACUUCCUACGAUACUUUCGCUAAUUUAUUCGAACAUACCGCCAAUAAAAAAAGGAACGGACUCGAGACUAGGCGUUGGUUUCCGGCUUGGUGAACAUGCCGAUUUUCAAAUUCUCUUUGAAUUGGGACCUCAAACUGAUACCGAUCCAAUCGGUACCAACGAAUCCAAAAAGAGAAGAGACGCGAUGUACAUGGCUGCGAUGAAGGGAGAAUUAGGCCCUUUGGCACAGGCUAUCGCGAAAUAUCAAACCGAACGUAAGAUAUACGAGGAGCUAGAAAAGCUCAAGAAGCUCGAAGACAAGAUGAAGAACGUCGAAGUUCAAAAUACGGAAGAUAAUAAAAAUGAUACUUCCAGCGAUUGGUUGAUGAAUUGGAGUAAGGAAAUGUCAAAGUCCUCCGGGACUCAAGUGCCAUUAAAACGAGUUUCCAACGAGGAAAUUUCUUUAAACACCAACGGUAGUAGUCAGACACAUCAGAAAACACAGUCUACUGCUGCGAGCAAGGAGAAACUAGAAGAACUAAAAAAAUUAUAUAAAUCAGUUGAUAAUAAAACUUAAAUUUGUUUAUAAGAAAAUGCUUACGCGAGACACGAAGUCAUUUCUCGUAAUAUGUAUCAUAAUAGAGACGAAAUACAAAAAGCAAAUUUCAAUAUGACAAUAGUUUACACGUAACAUUUAUUAUAUUUAUUAAUAAAACAUCUUUUAUACAAGCAACAGAAUUAAUAUUAGAUCUAUAACACAGUUUAGGCAAAGAGAAUUUUUGUCGAGAAGAUAUUUUCAUGCGGUAUAAUUUCUUUCUAUGUAUACAUUUAUAUAUAUAUAUAGAAUAUAGUGUGUGUAUAUGUAUAUAUAUAUAUCUUGGAUAUUUUGUAUUACAUAUAUUUCUUUUAAUCAAAGCUAUGCUAAAUUUCACUAUCUAUAUGAGAUAAAUGUGAUAUUAAUAUCGAAGAAAGAGUGUAACGAGUUGAUGAAAAUGACCUGAUUACAGAUAGUCACAAAUACAUACGUUUUCUGAUUACUGCAAACAUGAAUCCAGGAAAGAGAGACACAAAACACCUGCGUACAAUAUUUUAGUAAAUAACAGAAUUAUGAUAAACUUUUCAAUUAUAUUAAACGAUUUUAUAAAAUUA